UUGCAUUUUCUCGGUAACCAAUCAAUGCCACCCAACCCCACCAAAAAGCAAAAAACAAAGAAAGAAAAACAAGAGCGAGAAAAAAAAGUUUAGAGAGAGAGAGAGAGAGACAGAGAGAGGCGCAACAAAACAAUAGCAAAUAAGCAACUCCCUUCUCACCAAGCCUUGUUUUUCACUCAUCCAUCUCUUUUUCUCCACCCAACCCACGGCCCGAGCCUGUCCCUCUUUCUCUCUCUAGACAGACAGAGGUGGCUGGGGAGUUAGAGAGAGAGAGAGACUCAUCGAUGGAGAUCACCUCUACCUCCAGAGCUCAGGAGAGAGAAAACCCAUCUCCCAUUAACUCCCCACACAGCAAUGGAAGCAGCAGCAACAGCAAUGGAGUCCAAUUUCAAACCCCAAAACCCAUCUCUAGAUGUGAAGUCAAUCCAUACCCAACUACCUUUGUCCAAGCAGACACCACUUCAUUCAAACAGGUAGUUCAGAUGCUCACCGGAUCGUCCGACACGGCCAAGCAUGUCUCCAAAACGCCCCACUCCGAUCCACCACCGUCCAAGAAUUGCAUACCACCAAUCAGGAGUGGACAAAAGAAACAGGGUUUCAAGCUCUACGAAAGAAGGAACCAGCUCAAGAACAGCCUCAUGAUCAGCCCUUCCAUGCCCGGCUUUGCUCAAAAUCCCGGCUUUUCGCCACGCAAACCGGAGAUCUUGUCGCCCAGCAUACUUGACUUCCCUUCUCUUGUGCUCAGUCCGGUCACGCCAUUGAUUGAAGAGGCAUUAAACAAGUCUUCCCCUUCCACCGGGAAUUCGUCCGAGGAAGAGAGGGCCAUUGCCGAAAAGGGUUUCUAUAUGCAUCCGUCGCCGGCGACGACGCCCAGGGACUCCGAGCCACGGCUUCUGCCAUUGUUUCCGGUGUCCUCCCCACGAGUUCCCGGGUCUUCUUCUUGAUUAAUGAACGGUAUAUGUAUGUGAGGGUACGUGAGUAAUUCGUUGAGAGGAGGAGGGACUAAUGAGUGUUGGAAUGGAUUGGAGAGACAGGUGGACAAAGAUCUUUGCUUCAAUUGUACAAUUUGAUCUCUUUCACUUCCAUUGUUCCAAGUAAAGUUAAGGUCUGUUAAUUUUCAUUGCUUUUGAGUUUUUCUUUUUUA